AUGCAAACAAAACAUGAACAUGUCAGACUAGGUGUGAGACUGAGUAGAAAUUUUGAAGCAAAACGGGAAGUGAGUUUUGUUCUCACAUCAAACAAUUUCGGAAGCGAAUUCUCUCGAAUAAAUCGAACCAUUCAAAAAACAUUCGAACCAUUCAAAGAACAUUCACUCAAAAAGUUCAACCGUUCAGUGAAAAUGUUCAACUAUUUAAGGAUAAUGAUGAUCGUGACGGCGAUGAAUCCGAAAUAUAGUGAUGUGGUGAUGUUGAGGAUGAUUUCCAAGGAAUUCCCAAGACGAAUUCCUCUUACCGCCCAGUAUCUAGCAUUUAAAUCAGUUCUGCAAGUCAUUGGUAUCAACAAACCUUUUUGCCUAGUGUUUGUUGACACCGUUUCAAAUGAGCCUAACAUGUUGAACUCAGCAUCAUAUAACACUCUAUAA